UGUUGUCAAAAGUGCUGGUGAAAGCAAGAGAAUGAAAUGUUCUGGCCGUAUUUGCACAAUUGCUGAGUAAACGAGUGACAUCGAAACAAGCGCCAUGUAUUCAUAACAACCAACCGCGCACCUGCAGAUUGGAAUUUAAAGCGACCCCGGAGCAGAGCCGCCGCAUUUCUUUGGCGAACGUUCCGCGGAGUCGUUGGAUUGGAUUGGAUUCGAAGCGGUGUCUAAAGCGGUCGGACAACAACAGUAGCUUGAUUAGUUGGCAGUAAACAGAGCUGGCGAUCGCAUCGGUCAUUCACACCGCACCGUUUUGGCCAGAAGCACCAUUAGCUACCAACUACGAACUACCAUUUGUAAGCCUUCGAGAUGGGUCUGCGGUUCCAGCAGCUGAAGAAGCUAUGGCUGCUCUACCUCUUCCUGCUCUUCUUCGCGUUCUUCAUGUUCGCCAUCAGCAUUAACCUCUAUGUGACCAGCAUCCAGAGCUCAGAGUCGGAGAUGCGUCAUCCAAAACCGCCCAGACGGCGAUCCCUCUGGCCGCGCAAAAACAUCGUGGCCCACUACAUCGGCAAGGGAGACAUCUUCGGCAACAUGACUGCAGACGAUUACAACAUCAACCUGUUCCAGCCCAUCAAUGGAGAAGGUGCCGAUGGGCGACCAGUUGUGGUGCCGCCGCGCGACCGCUUUCGCAUGCAGCGCUUCUUCCGGCUGAACAGCUUCAACCUGCUGGCCAGUGAUCGCAUCCCGCUGAACCGAACUCUCAAGGACUACCGAACACCGGAGUGCCGGGACAAAAAGUAUGCCAGCGGUCUUCCCAGUACGUCGGUGAUAAUAGUUUUCCACAACGAGGCCUGGUCCGUACUCCUGCGCACCAUCACCAGCGUCAUCAACAGAUCGCCUCGCCACCUCCUGAAGGAAAUUAUCUUGGUAGACGAUGCCAGCGAUCGCUCCUAUUUAAAACGCCAGUUGGAAAGCUACGUAAAGGUUCUGUCGGUGCCGACGAAGAUCUUUCGUAUGAAGAAGCGCAGUGGCUUGGUACCCGCCCGACUUUUGGGUGCCGAGCAGGCUCGCGGCGAUGUGCUGACCUUUUUAGACGCCCACUGCGAAUGCUCACGGGGAUGGCUGGAACCACUUCUUUCCCGCAUCAAGGAAUCCCGCCAGGUGGUUAUCUGCCCGGUGAUCGACAUUAUUUCGGAUGACAAUUUCAGUUACACGAAGACGUUUGAGAACCACUGGGGCGCAUUCAACUGGCAACUAAGUUUCCGUUGGUUCUCCUCGGACCGUAAACGCCAGACAACGAGCAACAGCACCAAGGAUAACACUGCCCCGAUUGCCACGCCCGGAAUGGCCGGAGGACUCUUCGCCAUCGAUCGCAAGUACUUUUACGAAAUGGGAUCCUACGACAGCAACAUGCGUGUCUGGGGUGGCGAAAACGUGGAGAUGUCCUUCCGCAUCUGGCAGUGUGGCGGACGUGUUGAGAUCAGUCCCUGCUCCCACGUGGGUCACGUGUUCCGCAGCAGCACGCCGUACACCUUUCCCGGUGGCAUGAGUGAAGUGCUCACUGAUAAUUUGGCGAGAGCGGCAACCGUGUGGAUGGACGAUUGGCAGCACUUUGUGAUGCUCUACACUUCCGGACUGUCACUGGGGUCCAAGGACAAGGUAAAUGUAACGGAACGUGUCGCGCUAAGGGAGAGGCUUCAGUGCAAGCCCUUCUCCUGGUAUCUAGAGAACAUCUGGCCAGAGCACUUCUUCCCGGCCCCAGAUCGUUUCUUCGGCAAGAUCAUCUGGCUUGAUGGGGAGACUGAGUGCGCCCAGGCCUAUAGCAAACACAUGAAGAAUCUUCCUGGAAGAGCUCUGUCACGAGAGUGGAAGCGCGCGUUUGAGGAGAUCGAAAGCAAGGCAGAGGAGUUGCUGGCGUUGAUCGAUUUGGAGCGGGACAAGUGUCUGCGGCCACUCAAGGAAGACGUACCGCGUUCCUCGUUAUCUCCGGUGACCGUAGGAGACUGCACAUCCCAUGCUCAAACAAUGGACAUGUUUGUUAUUACCCCCAAGGGUCAGAUCAUGACCAACGACAACGUUUGCCUGACCUACCGCCAGCCAAAGCUGGGCGUAAUCAAGAUGCUGAAGAACCGCAAUGCUACCACUUCGAACGUAAUGCUGGCGCAGUGCGCUUCCGACUCCAGUCAAUUGUGGACCUACGACAUGGAUACCCAACAAAUAUCGCACAGGGACACAAAGCUGUGCCUAACCCUAAAAGCGGCGACCAAUUCGCGCCUGCAGAAGGUUGAGAAGGUGGUGCUUAGCAUGGAGUGCGACUUCAAGGACAUCACCCAGAAGUGGGGCUUCAUACCGUUGCCAUGGCGCAUGUAGAGUAAAGGGUGCCAUGCCAGUGCCAGGACAUUAUAUCCAAUAACCCUGCCAGCAACUCUUUAACGCAUUGUGAUAUUUAUUGAAAUUGUUUAACGAAAUUCACUCGUUGAUUUGUUUAUGUAAACAAGUAACCAACCCACAGGCACACAAACACCAUACACCUGCAGACUAGCUGUUCAGCAGCCCGAUUCCACUGACACCUUCUCAAUUCUCUCAAUGAAAAGAUCAAAAUUUAUGUAAGAUAUUGGAAGAAUAAGUGCCAGUGGAACCAGGCUUCACUAAUCAACCGUACACCGAUACAGACCCACAAGAAUUGUUUUUAAACACUAACCGAAUGCGUGGGGAAGCUUUUCUUCCGCCACGCAUUGCGACUCUAUAGAUCUAUAUAGCAUAGCUCUAUGCUAUAUGCUAUAUCUACGUCAUAAUUAUUAAGCAAGUCCUAGGCAAUUUUUAGAUGUACUACCUUCGAACUUACUUUUUUAUAUCACCUAAAUAAAGCAACCGAAUGUAGAA